CGUGUUGUAAAAAUCGAAAACUAAGUUAAAAAUGAAAUUCUUCGCUUUAAUUGGCCUUUUGUUGGUCCAAUCGGUGUUCUCUGUGCCAACUGGCGAGACACUCGAAACAAAAUUGGAUACCACAAAGGAUACUACAACACUUACCAAGGAUGCUACACUCACAAAUACCUUUACCGAUACCUUAACUGACACCAAACACACCGCUUUGUUGACUGACGACAAGAGUGUCGGCGAUGAAACUACGCUUACGAGACAAACACGCUCCAGCUAUGGUGGCGGCUUCGGAGGAGGCUAUGGCGGAGGCCGUGGAUUCGGCGGCGGAUAUGGCGGUGCUGGCGGAUAUGGAGGAGCUGGCGGAUAUGGAGGAGCUGGCGGAUAUGGCGGAGGUCGUGGAUUCGGCGGCGGAUACGGAGGAGCUGGCGGUUAUGGCGGAGGCCAUGGAGGAUAUGCAGGCGGUUUGGCCCCAGUUGCCCACGGAUAUGGAGGAGCUGGCGGAUAUGGAGGCGCUGGCGGAUAUGGCGGCGGUUAUGGCGGUGGUCGUGGAUUCGGUGGCGGAUAUGGCGGUGGCUUCGGAUACAGAUCCAGCUCAGCAUCAUCCGGAUCAUCUGCUUCAUCCGCUCAAGGUGCCGAACAAGCCGAAUCAUCUGCUGACUUUGUUGCCUCUCCCUAUGGCGGCGGAAAUGCCGGAGGAUACGGAAAUGCCGGCGGAUACGUUCAACCUGUUGCCCAUCAAGUUCAUUCUUAUGCUGCUCAAGCUCCUGCUGUCAACUGCGGAAGCAACUUGUUGGUCGGAUGCAAUGUUCAUACCGCUAAAGUACCUUGCGUCGCUACCGGCGGAUAUGGAUCAACUGGCGGAUAUGGAGCUGCUGCACCCGUUGCUGUAGGUUACAACGCUGGACAUGCUCAAGCCGGAGGAUAUGGAGGCGCCCAAGCUGGCGGAUACGGAGGUGCCCAAGCUGGAGGUUAUGGAGGCGCUCAAGCCGGAGGACAUCAAGGAUAUCGUGCCAGCGAUGACCAAAAGGACACACCAAAAGAAGACAAACACUAAUCAUCCCGGAGCGCAUCCCGCAUCGAACGCAAAACGAGACGAGACAAUUGCUGCGAUGAAAAAAAUCAUGGAGAAGGUGACAAACAAGGAACAAUCAUCCAAUUCGUAAAAUCAAAAUUUUCUUUUGGCAAAAUUUCUUGACAUUUUUUUGAUAUUAUGUGUAUCUUUGAAACACAUUUGAUUUCAU